GCUUACUAUCUUUCAGAUUUGUUGUGCAAUAACAAGAAAUCCCAUUUGACUUAUCAAUUUCAAUUUUGAACUACAGAUAAAAACAUUUCCACGAAAUGCAUGUGAUGAUUGCGCCUUAUUCCCAUAUGUAACGAUGAAACCGUGGUGGACGCCGAGUAGGUGUGCGCCUUUGAUACUUUUAUACUUCAUAUUUCAGUAUGUUGAUGCCAGUCACUUUCGUGGUGGAAUUUUCAUGUGGAAACCGACACAUAACGAAAAUGAGGUUGAAAUUACGUUCCGGAUGGCAUGGAGACGAUCCUAUUCCGGCUACACAUACUGUGAUAGAAGUACAAUUGACCAGGGAAGUCUAGUAGCUAACCUGGGAUCCGUUGUGUGUUUUAAAUGCCAGCCCGGUCGCUGGUACUGGUCCGCGAGCGAUAUCAACAUGGAGGAUACUUCUUUUGUCUGUACUGACUUCAGUGAACAAGAAGACUGGACGCAAGGAGAAAGAACUUUUACUUUCCACUUUAACAAUAAAGUUGCUGAGUUCGGAUUUACUGGAAACGCUUGGAUAGAUUUGGUUUAUGGUGGCGGGAAUUGGGAAAUGCGAACAAAGGUAGAUCUGAAUGUAAGAGUGGACACGGGUUUGCUAAACACCUCACCCACAUCAGCAAUGCCUGCUAUUGUUCGUCUCCAACACGGAUGUAAUCAUAAUAUCACCAUACCUGUCUACGAUCAAGACAACGACAUAAUCAAAUGCAGAUGGGCAAAGUCAGCAUUAAGCGAAUGUGGUGGUGUCUGUUCUUCUUUUAGGAAUUCCUGGUUGUACGAGACCUGUAAGAUUCAAUAUUCAGCAGUGUAUAGUACUGGGUGGUAUGCAGCUGCUAUUCAAAUAGAAGAUUUUGUCUCUGAAAAUUCAACAACUCCACUGAGUAGCAUACCACUACAAUUCCUUGUCUAUGUUUUUCAAUCCACAAAACAAUGCCAAAGCAAGCCAAUAUUUGUGUUGCCUACGAGACAAGCUGGAGCAUGCGUAGGGAUCCCCGUUAAUUCUGUAUGGAGUGAGAAGAUCAUUGCUCGCAGUGAAAAUGGGAGCAUUAGCGAGAUAAACACCGUUUCUCCAACUGGUGUUAAAAAGUCACAGCUUUCACAGUAUGACAAUUAUGUUAACUAUUGGUAUGUGAAUAUCACGUGGUCACCGAAAAGAAACCAGAUGGGUGAACAUCCAUUUUGUUACACGGCCAGUGAAUCUGAUGGGUUGGUUUCAGAAAGAAUUUGUAUCAAUUUACUUGUUGGGGUUUCCCCUCCCGAGAUCAUUUCUUACACACCAAGAACAGAUGUUUAUCCAACAUUGGAUUAUCUGACGAUUCAAUAUGAUAGGGAGUUCGUGAGAUCAACACGACAGACAUAUAUUUAUGUUUAUAAAGAAGACGAUACUCUUGUCUCCAAAAUCGACGUGUCUCAGGACUUUUCUGUCAAAUAUCCUGCAAGUGAAAGAUCCGAUAGUGAUGGUUGGAAACUAAAAAUACCAAUCAAUUUCAUUUUACAAGAAAGGGAACACUACUAUAUAAAAAUGGACCCAGGAAUUGCCAAAGGGAUUACUGGGUGUGGUGCUGAAUCUUCUUCUGUUUGGGAUGUCGGAACUUUGAAAUUUCGUGUCCGGGAUAUAACCCCUCCAGUGAUGAAGUCUUGUCCGUGUAAUCCAUCAGAAACGGGCGGAAAUAUUACAAUUAAAUACACAUUCAACGAACCAGUGACUGUCACUUGCACACUUCAAAAGAUAGAUACUUUCAGUGUUGCACAGUGUACCAACUCAUCAUGGACUGGAAAUAACUUAUCGGAGGGUUUUUAUUCAUUAUUCGUACAGGCAAUUGACACAGAAAACAACACAGCAUCUCCAGUGCCAAUUCCAUUUUCAAUCGAUAGAACUGGACCUAUUCUACAAAUAACACAUACUCCACGGAACCUCACAAAUGAACACACAGUCAAUUUUCAUUUGAGAUGCGACGAGCCAUGCAAAGUAUUGUGUAGACUGACACCUGUCAACAAUAAUUAUCCUUUUCAAGAAUGUUCCCAAAGUUUACACUAUUACCAUACUGUAUAUGAGAAUCGUCUCUCUGAUCACACGACUUUUACGUUUGAAGCCAGAGGCGUCGAUAAAUUUGGAAAUGAAGGAAAUAUUACAGCAUUUCAGUUCUCCACAGAUUUUAAACUUCCCACUCUUGGAGGAGUGCAUGAUUUAUCUAUAAACUGUUCGCAAGGAAUAAACCUAGAAGAUAUAGGAAACCCAACUGCAGCAGAUGAAAGCGGUAUUCAGAGUACAACACACAGCGAUACAAUGAUGUCAGGUUGUAAGAUACAAAGGACUUGGACAACUGUAGAUAACGCUGGAAAUUACCAAUCAAAAAACCAAAUCAUUACUCUCACAUCGCCAUCUCGUCCAACAAUAUCAUUUCCUCCUAAUGCAGUUGUAGCAUGUGGGUCUCUUGACCAAAUUACAAAUGAUGUUUUCAUUCCAUCCAUUAAUUACUCUCAUCCAUGUGGCAUAAAAAUGAACAUAACUUACAUAGACCCUCGCUCAGCAAGUAAUGGCUGCGGUUUCAUUUUUCUGAGGAAUUGGACCGCGAGUGAUACCUGCGGAGUAACGAUUAAGAGUACUCAGGAAAUACAAAUACAGAAAGCUCAGGAUCCAAUCACACCGAACAGAGGAGAAUUAACCAAUCUGCAACCACGUCUUAUUUGGACACAGAAUAUGAAAUCUACCAAAUAUCAAGUGUUUGUAUGGUCAAGCAGCGAAAGCAGACCUACAUCAGCCAAUUACACAGGAUUUCGUAAUUGGUAUAAAUGCAACAAUUUGAAACCAGCCUCAACAUAUUAUUGGCAGGUUGAGUUUCUAUUAAGUGACAAUGCAACAGAAUAUAGUCCACGGUGGAAUUUCAAAACUAAUGCGUACCCAGAUCUCUCUGUGAUCUCUUUGAUAGGUCCACCUAUCGCACAUUCCGGACAAUCAUUCGAAGUUCAGUGGAAAGUACAAAAUAUUGCCCAAGGUGACGUCACUUCAACUUGGUAUGACGAGCUGUUUAUUGGAUUCAGUACAGAUGUUGCCAAUUCGCGUUCAUUGGGAAGAAUCUACCAAAAUCAGAUACUCCUUCAGAAUGACACCUAUGAAGGAAUAGCCAAGGUAUCAUUGCUUGAUACUGAGAUUGGUUCAGCAUAUUUGUUUAUUAGAGUGGACAAGUAUAAUUUCCUACCAGACCUAGACAGAGCAAACAAUUUCAAAAGAAGCCAGCAACCUACACAUUGUCUUCUCACGCCUCCACCAGAUCUUGUAGUAACAGAUAUCAGUUUACCAGCAUCUACAUUCUCUGGUCAACGAAUUACAGUCCAAUUCACCAUUUCAAACAUUGGAAGAGGAAUAUCAAAAGCAAAUAAAUGGACAGAUUCGAUUUAUUGGUCUUCUGACGAAAUUCUGGAUAAUCAUGAUCUUCAUUUAAUUUCAACUGUACAUGAGGGAAUUUUGUCUCCCGGAGAAGCGUAUCCAAGAAGAGCGCAAAUUUCCAUCCCAAGGGACAUUUAUGGGGUGUACCAUAUCAUAGUCAAAACAGACAUCUAUAAUGAAGUGUUUGAGUACCUGAGCACAAACAACAAUGAUCUCGCAUCUAACAAUUUAACCGUUGUACUGACCCCUCCUCCAGAUCUAUCUAUACGUGACUUAUCCAUACACCCGAUAGUCAAUGUAUCAACCGGUGACACGAUUCAAAUUAAAUGGACCGUGGAGAAUAUUGGGCAGAGAGCGCCAUACGUUUUCUCAUGGUAUGAUGAACUCGCCAUUGAAACCAACGGAUCAAAGAGAAUUCUGGAAAACUUUCCUAUCUUCAAAUCAAUUUCUCCCAAUGAAAAUUAUACUUACUCAACGUCGUUUGCGAUUGAUCCCAGCAUAAAAACCGGAUGGCACAAUCUGUCUAUACAUGUGGAUGUGGAAACAAAUGUCUUUGAAUUCCAUACCCGGACCAAUAACAAAAUGAUUUCCUCUAUCUAUAUUACCCAAGCUUUCCCAGAUCUAGAAAUUCGUAAACUUAGACUUGAUGUGAUAACGGACGAUCUCGGGUAUAACAUACUGAAUGUAUCCUGGACUGUUUGCAAUGUUGGAAAAGGACAUACUGCAAAUGAGGUUUGGACAGAUCGCAUUUCUCUUAUGCAACAAGACAGUCGUUUUUCAGAGAGGAUACUUUUAAGUAAAACUAUUCGAAUUCGCCAAUUGCAGCCAAACUCAAUUUAUCACGAAACGUCCCUAAUAAAAUUAGAUGACAGGAUUCAUGGAAGAAGAAAUUUUUCAAUCGAAGCAGACAUUUUUCAAGUUUUACCAGGGGACAGUGUUGAUAACAAUCUCGCAAUCCAUGAAGUAAAUAUCCCAUUACGAUCUCCAAAUAUAAAGGUAUUUUCAUUAAAGGUGUUAAAUGAUAAAGUCUACAGUGGUCAAAACAGUAGAAUAUCAUGGACGGUAGUAAAUUUAGGAUUGCCAAUUCCAGAUGGCUAUUUUUGGAGAGAUACUCUGAAAAUAAAUGUUGACAGAGAAACUCCACUUCCAGAUCUGCCGCAAGUUACAACAUUUAUUAGAGGACCAUUGUCACACCACGGAUCUUACACUCAAAUAGCUACGGUAUCAAUUCCACAAAAUUUUCUUGGAUAUCUAUCUGCGCAAAUAGUAUUGAACAGUAACGGGGAUUUAUUUGAAGGAAACAGUAACAAUGACAACAUUAUGACCAUUCCGUUAAAGGUUUUGUCACCCCCCACACCUGAUCUCGUGGUGAAGAAAAUUGACAUCUAUCGUUUGCAAAAUUCUCGCACUGCAAUGAUUGCUUGGACAGUUUUCAAUGAAGGCAAUUCCAUGAACACAAAAAUGAAAUGGGUAGAUGUUGUAGGUAUGCAAACACCGAACAAAACUCGGAAAUUAAUUCUUUCAGAAUUCCAACAGUCUUUUAAACUUGAGUCAGGAUCACAAUACACUAUAAACCAAACUGUAUUAAUUCCUUCAAAUGUCAAUGGUCAGUUCAAUUUUUAUGUCUCUGUUGAUUCUAAUAACAAUAUACAAGAAGUGGACGGAGAAGGAAACAACUGGAGAAAAGACGAAACCAAUUACACAUUUAAGGGUGUUUCCAAAGCAAAACUUACAGCUAUUAUUAUAUCAACACAAACGUGUGAGAACACGGAUAAGAUUUGUAUAUUGUACAGCGUUUCAAACGAUGGUGGACAAACUACUGAGAAAACAUCCUGGGAUGAUGCACUUUUUAUAUCUGUACCCAAUAUAAAUACUAGUAGCGUGCAAAACCUAAACAAGAUCGCGAUGAUUACUCGUAUUGGGGCAUUAGCCCCCGGUGCAAAUUAUACCGUGAAUACUACAGUGGUAAUGCCUUUAAGUAUUCAGGGUAAUCAAACAUUUCUUAUAUAUCCUGACUAUGAACCACAUAAAUUUCCAAAUGGGGAUCAUUCAUCUGUCAUCCAAGGCGCAACAUCUCAAACCAAUCACGUAUUCUAUGUUCCUGCUAGAACAGCCUGUGAAAAUUUAAAUGUGGUAUUUGCGUCUAAAUUUCAAGCCCAAAUCGGUGGUCAGCCAGUGAGUAUAAUGUACAAUAUCAGCAACAACGGAACAUGCGAUGUCAAAAGGAGAUUUUUUGUGGCUAUUUAUCUCAGCAAAAAUGUGCACUAUGAUAUGUUUGAAAGAAAAAUCAAAACAGUAAGUAUAGAUGAAAUGAUUUCUGCCAAUGGCACACUAGCAUUGGAAACUAUGGUAGACCUUCCCUUUGAGUGGGAAACGCAAGAUUAUUCGUUGGUGUUGCAGGUCGACUCUCGAUCGGAGAUAAUAGAAAUUGAUGAAAAUGAUAACAUCGCAAUAUCAUUUAUAACUAUACAGAAGAAUAUCAGGACAGACAUUAUGGUAUCGAAUGUUAGUGUGCCAACUGAUGUUGAUUUUGGUACAGAUGUGAAUAUCAGUUGGUCCAUCUAUAACAAUGGCUCCCAGACAGCACACGGAUACAGGUGUGAUAACGUGUAUUUCUCACAGGAUGGACAAUGGGAUAUAAACGACUAUCAUUUUGGUAAAACCCAAUGUGACGCAUUUGAGUUACAAUCAAAAAUGAUGACUCCGCGCACAUACACUGCACGCCUACCUCCAUUGGCCUCACGAUCCUACAGAACCAUUGUUAAGGUUCGAACAAAUGUCGAAGACUAUGAUCAGAAUAACAAUAUCGCCAUUUCCUUAAACGGUACCAAUGUGCGAUUUCCGCAUUGUACACUGGGAGGGAAAAUAAAUUUUGCUAUCACUUUUGACGAGACAGAGGUGAUACGCAUUCCGAAUGUUCCCGCUGAUCGAUCCCUUCUCGUAAGAACAACAAGCCAAACAGAUCUAUCAUUUCACGAGAUUUUUAUUAAAUUAGGAUCUGCACCAAGUGAGUAUGAUUUUGACACUACUGUAAUGAAUCCAUUUCUAUCGAAUCAGGAUAUUUCAAUAACCAACACACAAGAGGGAGAUUAUUACGUUCUAGUGAAAGCACUUGGAUCAACAGAUAGAAAUAUCCAUGGGUCUACAAAUGUCACUUUAGAAGCUAAGUUAGCCAAAUUUGAAAUUUUGGAUACAAAUCCAAAAUUUGUUACUACGCUUGGGAAUGUGACCUUACACAUAUCCGGAACACUUCUCCCUGAAGAUUUUACAGCACUUCUCUACAAUGAAAGUUUCCAAAUACAAAGCCAGAAACUGUACUGGUUCUCUUCCUCAUUGAUUGCUGCUACGUUUGAUGUAAGGAGUUUACACAUGAACUCCAGUUACAGUUUAAAUGUAACAAACUGUAUAUCACAGGAGAUAGCAAACGUCCCUGAUGUUUUAGAGGUGGUUAAUGGAAUAGCCGGAGAAGUUAUUGUUAAAAUGUCAACACCGGGUCCUUUAUUGGUUGGAGAGACUGGCGAAAUAAUGAUAGAUUUCGAAAAUAUCGGUCAAACUGAUGCUCUUUGCCAAAUAAUUAAAAUACGAGCAGAAAAUGAUGGAGAAUUACUGUUAGUUAGUAAUAUCCACGAUAACGAUUGGUCGAGGAGUAUAACUUUUAUUGUGGGUUCUUUAGACGGGCCUGGUGGAGUUUUAUCACCAUCAGAGACAGGACAAUUAUCGAUUAAGGUCAAAUCAAACAGCAGACGAUUACAAAUUUCCAUGGCGAAGACCCGUGAAUCAGAUACCGCCAGGCACUCAUAUUUGAAUAUGAAAAUGGCACUCAAACCAAAAUAUUACAACACGAACGACUGGAAUAUGAUCUGGGAAAAUUUCAUCCAGAUGUUGGGGAAAUCAUGGCUUUCACUGCAAAGGAAGGUAUCUGAACUGGUGACAGAAAUGUCUUUAGUGGAACGACGAAAAUUUUCUUUGAAUCAAAUCGUGCAUCAAAUUCUUGGAAUUGCAGACGGCGUCGGCGACAAAAGCUAUAUUGUUCGAUCGUCAGAUUUUCAAAACUUUGACAGCACCACAGGAGACUUUUUAAACAUGAUUCGUAUUUAUCCCCGUAGGAUAGGGUUGAGAGGCAUUGUGGGAACUUUUGGAAUGGGAUGGAUCUCCCCUUAUUGGGAAUGUUAUAUUGAGGGCGUGGAUGAAGUGACAGUCUUCCUUCAAUGGAAAAGAGAAGAAUUCAUCUUUUCAGCAUAUGCAUUUGGGAUGUAUACCAACGAAGAACUAGGAAAUAUAACGAUGACAAGUGCAGAAUUGGUUUCGUUCAUGGAUAAGGAGACAGGUGAUUUGUACAAUUUUAAUAUAACAACAGGAAACAUUUCUUCAAUCAUCAGACAGAAUAUCAACAUCAAAUUCACCUAUGAUAAUAGAAGAGUUCUGAAAACUCUAUCAUACGGUGGAAACAUAGUAGAAUUUGUUUACAACGACAACAGCAAUAUUAUUGCAAUGAACUGGCAGAAAUAUCCUGGAAAUGUUAAAACUUGCAUGUACUCCUACACAGAAAGAAACUUUCUAUCAGUCGUGAAUUGUGGUGCUAAGGUGACUUCUUAUCUAUAUAACGAAAGGGGACACUUAACAAAAUUGAGGAAAAACUCUGGAUCGGAUCAGGUUAUACGAUACGCAGCAGAUGGUCGUUUGAAAUCGGUAGAAAUGUUUAUCAAUGGACAAAUUGUUUCACGAAAGACAUACAUUGAUUACUUAAAUGGAAGAAUCAAAACCUUGACACUGCCCCAAAAUGACACGGAAUUAUACUGGAUCAACAUGCAGAGCAACGUAGUUGGUUACAAGAGGAAUGGAUUUCCACUACGGAGGAUCCAUCGCCUGGAAAGUUCAGAAGAAAUCAUUGAAGGAGAUCUGGUAAUUGAACGUAGAAACUGGUUUCAACAUUUUCAUGAAGUGCAAGACAGCAAUGGAGACAGCAUUUUCUUUCAAAAGGACGAUAAUGGAAAUCUUGUAAGUUACGCAGAUGGCAAACUCAAUAUAUACCAAAUCAAACGAUCGGUUAAGGGAUUUAUUCAUAUGAUAAACUAUCCAGAUGAAUCCAAUGAAACUUUCGUUCAAUCAAACAAUUCAUAUAUCCACACGGAUCAAGGCGGGAGAAAAAUUACUUACCAUUUUGAUGAAAACAGAAGACUAACAUAUCGUGAUUCAGGAGACAACGCAUUCUGUCAUUUCCGAUAUACAGCUACUGGUCAAAUCUCGUCAGUUGAAAACCAGCAUACAUUACUGCGGCUUUCCUAUGAUGAAAAUGGGCUUGUAACGGAAUUACGAUCCCAAGGUACCUCGAUCCGUCAAACGUUUUACAACGAAAAUUCGCUUCAAAAUGUUAUGGUUUCUGGAGAACCAUAUGAUAUUGCUUAUGCAUACAAUAUUUACGGACAAAUUACAUCUGUUAUGCAUAAAAUGAAUAAUAAAAUGCUUAUAAGAAUAAGUUAUGACAACAAAGGAAUGAUCAGUUCAAAGACUCUAGCUAACAACGCUAAGACGCUUUUUACAUACCACGAAAGUACAAAGUUGCCCAAAACAGUAUCCAAUUUCUACCCCAACGGGACAAUUUCCUCAAAAUUUCAAUAUACAUAUGAUAAAAGAGGGAGGUUGUCUGAAAUUACAACAAAUCAAGGAAGAUGGUCUUUUUCAUACGAUUUAGAUGGACAAUUGGCAUUCAUAAGGAAUCCGUCGAAGUCUAAAACAUCCGUGGUAUACGACCGGAGUAAGAAUCGUGUUUCUGUAACAGAAAACGGGAACACAGAUCUAUAUCAAGGAAAUAGUAUGAACCAGUACAUUUCCAUAAAUGAUGUUGAUAUAGAAUAUGAUAGGAAUGGCAAUUUGAUAAAGAAAGGAAAUGUUUCGUUUAGUUAUAAUGAGGACAACCGGUUAAUACGUUUUACAACACCUACUAGCAACUGCACACUUCAAUACAAUGGAAUUGGGCAUAUUAAAAGGAAAAUAUGCACAGACAACAUGGAAACCUAUUACACCGAUUCUUUAGGACAAAUAUUGAAACAGGAAAAUUCGCUCAGAGGAUCAUUCCAAUACAAUAUCUAUGCAUCUGAAAUUGGAUUAGUUGCUACAAUAGUUAAUGGAGAAUACCAUUAUUACCAGUACGAUGCUCUGGGGUCUGUUGUGGGAAUUUUGAAUGAAAAAGGACACCUCGUCAACAGUUUUCAAUAUGACGCUUUUGGAAAUAUAAUCCAUGACCAGCAUGGAUACACAAGCCAAUUCCUCUACAUGGGACAGUGGGGCAAACUUUCCUUUGGUGAAAUCCCGGGUACACAAUUAUUUGGACAUCGUCUAUAUGAUUCUAAAUUAGGACGGUUCAUGAAUAUAGAUCGGCAAGGACUAUUUUGUGAAAAACCUAACUUAUACAUAUACAAGGAUAAUAACCCAUUACAAAUGACUACCAAUCCAGAAGACAACAUACAAUGCCACUUAAGUGACCCAGAUUUACAAAUGAUAUCCAAGUAUACAAGAGAUGGUGGGCCAUUGACAACAUUGUUUAAGCAUUCGUACCGUCAAAAUAUCAACGGAGUCAUUGACAGUCAGAUGACAAGAAAUACACAUCACCACCGUCAAAAACGCUCCGUGAAAUCGUUUGUCAAAGAUCGCUUCAUGCAAAUAAAUAAAGGAAAUGGAGUCAAGGAUGCAGCAUACAUGGCGUUUGACAUAGAAAAUCGCUUAAGCGAUGACUCCUGUGAAAAAAAUAUCGAAGACAAAGCAAUAUCGGGAGGAUUGAAUUGGUUAGAAGAUAAGAUGUUCAAAGCGUCUCCCAUCGGUCGUGCUUUAGAUAUUGGUACAUUUCUUUUCAAGCACAGGAGCUGUAUUCUCUCACCUUGUGAUUGUCUGGACACAACUGAGCAGUCUAUUCACAGUUCAUAUAAUAAAGCAAAAUCUAAGAUCACUUCGUUUAUAACUGACAACAAAGCGAGGGAAAAUGCAAUGAAGAACUUUUGCGAUGGAUGGAAGCAAACUUGUGUUUUGAAACAUGUACCAGUAAGUCUGAACUUUCUUAGCAAAUGA